GCACUGUUGAGAAGUUGGCGCUGUCUGCCGGUUACCUAAGUUCUUGCAGUUUCCUUCCCUCAGUAACUGUUGCUGAAAUAAACAGAUUUAGUUUUUGUGUUUAUUAAGGCGAAUAGUCGCGUCUUCAACCAUAGAACUGUUCAUAAACAUACCUUACUGAUGCUUUGCUAGCUAGCCUUGGCUCUCCACUCACUGUCAAUAGCGUCACUAGCAGGGAGCUAGCCUAACCGGCUAACCACUUUUGCUGUAGCCUGAAGUUGACACAGCGGUAAUCAUCUUGAGGGAAUGAACCACAAGAGUAAGAAACGAAUCAAAGAAGCGAAACGGAGCGCCAGGCCAGAAUUAAAGGAUUCCGUUGACUGGACAAAGCAUAACUACUGCGAGACAUUCGAUCUUUCGCACCGGACAGUGAAGGACAAUGUGGAGCGAGUGGACGUCCUUCGUCUGAGCCCAGAAGAGUUUAUCCAGCGCUUUGAGAAGCCCUAUAAACCGGUAGUUCUGCUGAACUGUCAGGAGUCAUGGCCAGCACGAGAGAAGUGGACUCUGGAACGACUCAAACGCAAAUACCGCAACCAGAAGUUCAAGUGUGGUGAGGAUAAUGACGGUUAUUCUGUGAAAAUGAAGAUGAAAUAUUAUGUUGAAUACAUGGAGAGCACGCGAGACGACAGCCCACUCUACAUCUUUGAUAGCAGCUAUGGUGAACAUGCGAAACGCCGCAAGUUGCUUGAGGAUUAUCAGGUCCCUGUCUUCUUUAGAGACGACCUCUUUCAGUUUGCUGGGGAGAAGCGGCGGCCACCAUACAGGUGGUUUGUGAUGGGCCCCGCUCGCUCUGGCACAGGCAUUCACAUCGACCCACUGGGCACGAGUGCUUGGAAUGCUCUGGUUCAGGGCCACAAGCGUUGGUGCCUCUUCCCCACACACACGCCUCGUGAACUAAUUAAAGUAACCCGAGAUGAGGGCGGCAACCAGCAGGAUGAGGCCAUCACCUGGUUCAGUGUGAUUUAUCCCCGCACACAGCAGCCCACCUGGCCUGCUGAGUUCAGACCACUGGAGAUCCUGCAGCGUCCUGGAGAGACCGUGUUUGUUCCGGGUGGCUGGUGGCAUGUUGUCCUCAACUUGGAUACGACCAUUGCGGUCACUCAGAACUUCGCCAGUACCACCAACUUUCCCAUUGUUUGGCACAAGACAGUUCGUGGCCGGCCUAAACUCUCCAGGAAGUGGUACAGAAUUCUGAAGCAGGAGAGGCCAGAUUUAGCUGCUCUUGCAGACAAAGUGGACCUACAGGAGUCUACAGGCAUUGCUUCAGACAGCUCUAGUGACUCUUCCUCCUCCUCUUCUUCUAGUUCUUCAGAUUCAGACUCAGAGGCUGAAUCAGGCUCUGAGGGGGAUCCCAUGGCCCACCGAAGGAAGAAGCGGAGAACCUGUGGCAUGAUGGGAAAUGGUGACAUCACCAGCCAAGAUGACUGUGCGAGCAAAGAGCGAAGCUCAUCACGGUGACAUCCUGCCCCGUUUAAUUCCAUCAUAGGGGCUUUUAAUCCCAUGGAGUCUCCCAGGACAGUGUCUGUCUGUCUGUCCGCCCCCCCCCCAACCCCCCCCCCCAUUAUCCCCUGGAGCCUCUCUAUUAGAGGUCUGCUGCUGACAUUUGUCUACUUGAUAGCACUGUCAGCUCUGGUGUGCUGUCUGAAUCUGCUAGUAAUGUGCUUUUAGUGAAAAUGAGACAAAAGGAAGGAAUAUCCAUACUAGUGUUCAUUGGGCCAGGUUGGCCAUAGCAUAAACAUGAACUAAUGGGAAAAGGUGUGUGCUUGUUUUCAUCCUCCACUUAUUCUUGAGCUGUGAUUUUGCUUACUGUGAUCAUUUCCUUACUCAUUUGAUAACAUUAUUCUGCCAUCACUCUGAUAAUGUUUGUUUCCCAGUGUAUAAAUCAUCUGAUGGUUUGAUCAGAAUGGUUGUUCAGAGUCUCUAAAGUGCUUCAUACAUAUGAGCCCUGAACCAGAAGAUUAGUCUUUGGUUAAUAUGAGAAAAUAUAUGAACAGAGCUGCUUUUAAUUACACAAAACGGUAAGGUGGAAAUGAUCUGUGAAAUACAGCAUGAAUAGAGAAUUCAUAUCAUAUGAUUUUUGUAUUUUUUUUGUGUUCACUUUUUAGUGGAGUUUGCAAAAACGAGUUGUCUAAACAUGUUCACAUAUCCUUUAGGUUAUUAAGUGGUCAGAUUUCUCUUACAAGUCCUUCUUUAUGAACCCAUAUCUGUUUAUAAAAUAGGCCAUGGAUUCACAAAGGAAUGACAGCCCACUAGCCACUUUUUUUUUUUAAAUCCAUUCAGUUGUGCAGACUUGGAGAAGUAGGAGGUUUCUGCUAGUUGUUCUUUUAAAGGGAAGUGCCAUUUAAUUUAUGCAGUAUUAAAUAUGUCACUAUUAAAAAUGAAUCCCAUUAUUUUGGCUGUCUUUCUGACCUGUCUUUUUAAAAUGGGAAUUCUGCCCAUUUUUCCAAAUUUCUACAUAAUUCAUAGGUAGAGGUGUAAGCAAAGUCAUUCAGAGCGGUUUGAUGUGAAAUGGAGCAUUGUAAAGAAACUUCACCGGAUAAUAACUUAAGACAUCACCUAUCACCACCACUUUAAACAACUUUGACUCUUCACAUGAAACCACAUCAAAUGACUGUUUAUAUCUUGAAUUAUGCAGAACUUUUGAAAAACUGGUGCAGUUAACACGAACUGAUAUUCGUGUAAACACACAAAUCUGGUCCAACUAGAAAUUGAAGUGAUUGAAAUGAUUUUAACUUCAGGGAGAAAAUUGCCAUCAGAUACAUGGCUAGAGAUCACUUUUAACAGUUGAAAUGUAGCUUUUCUCAGAUGUUCAGAGCUCCAUAUUCAGGAAAUAUUUGUUAUGACAUUUAACACUAGGGGCAGCAGCACUUAUUGCUUUAGCCUACUGUGGUGUUGUGCAGAUGGCCAUCUUUAAAAGCUAGCAGUCUGAGACAAAUGCACAAAAAGCAAAUAUAACUUGUAAACAGUAUUGGUCUACUCUUCUCCUAUUACUUGUUAAACUUGCAGUACUGCAAAGACUAAACGGUUUUGUUCACUGUUAAUAUAUAAUUAAAUAAAUAAGCAUUUUUCCAGGAAGGGCCAGUACAUUAUGAAGUACCCGUAAAGAAUAAUUAAUAUUGGUGGAGGUUUAAAAUAUUAAGUUGUAUGUUGUGAUGUAUGUUAAGGUGUUGCAGAAUCUAAGUUCUUGUACUUCUUUAAAAAAAUGAUUACACAUGGUCCGAGUGGGACAAAAUGCUCUACUGAAAUGUUUGUGACUUUGUAUUGUAUAUAUGGAAUUAUUAUGGUCUGUCCCCUGCAAAAAAAACUGCCUAUUUGUGCCUAAUGGUUGUGUGGUUGCACUAACUGUAAAGCUGCUUACUGCAAACUGCACCAGCCUCUCACAUUGCCAUGUUGACUGUCAAAGCAAUGCUUCAGUAUGUUUUUAAUCUAAUCUCUUUUUGCCUCAUCUGUAUCAUGUGUAUGACUACCAUGAACUACAAUUUCAGAAAGUUUCUCUCGAUGAUAAAAAGUACAGGAAACUUAAUGACUCAAAAUGCACUUAUAAUAAAAGCCUGUGGGCAGUUGCUUCAGAGAUUAGGUUGAACGCUGGAGUAUUCCUUUAUUUUAUUAGUGCUGCUAAUGUACCCAUGCUUGUUUUCCAAAUACAUUUGGAAGACUAAAAUAAUAUUUACAGAACCCUUAAAAUGACAGCCAAUCUUUAUUUCAGGAUUUUUCAGUCUUACCUGCAGGUUUUGGAGUCAUACUUGCUGUUGUUUUUAGAUGGAGGUGUGAUAACUGCACACAUCCUUGUUCUGCACUUUCUCAGCCCCUGGGGUCAGGCAGCUUUGGCCUACUUGGGCUUUGGGUGUGCAAAAAAUGACACUUUGCUGUUGCUUGGGUCAAAGUAAAUGAAUCAAUAUCGUUAAUUAUUUGAUUUAAUAAAGCUUUCUAUGAAACAUUA